GGAAUCAGUCCUUCCUAAAGUGUUUCUAUUUUUUUUUUUUUUGGUUGCCCCCUGAACCACCUCUGUGGACGUCAAGGUUAAGCCGGGCAUCAUGUCAUCUGCAGGGAUCAGCAUGCAGGGAUCACCGCGUCUGCACCGCCGGUGAUAUAACCGCUCUCUCCGCCGCAGCUCCGUCCUCCUCCCGGGAGAUCCGCCACCUGCCGCCGCCGCGCCCUGAAGCCUCAUGGCCGUCUCCAAGAUGACAUGGCGUCCUCAGUACCGCAGCUCUAAGUUUCGCCAUGUGUUUGGUAAAUCCGCCACCAAGGAGUGCUGCUAUGAUGGCGUGCCAAUCACCCGCAGCGUCCAGGACAACAACUUCUGUGCUGUCAACCCCCGUUUCCUCGCCGUCAUCACCGAAUGUGCCGGGGGAGGGGCCUUCCUGGUCCUGUCCCUCCAUCAUACUGGUAAAGUGGACCCACACCACCCUCGAGUAUCGGGUCACAGAGGCAACGUGUUAGACAUCAAAUGGAGUCCGUUCAGCGAUUACUGCAUCGCAUCGUGCUCUGAGGACACCACGGUGAAAGUGUGGGAAAUCCCUCCUCAUGGUGUGUUCAAAAACCUGACAGUGCCGUGGAAGGAGCUGCAGGGUCACAGCCGCAGAGUGGGCCUCAUUGAAUGGCACCCGACUGCUAACAACAUCCUCUUCAGUACGGCCUACGACUACCAGGUGAUGAUCUGGAACCUGGACUGUCCAGAGCAGGUGAUCAAAAACCCCAUGCGGACCAUCAGCCACCACACGGAUGUGGUCCUGUCCAUGUCAUUCAACACGGACGGCAGCCUCCUCGCCACCACCUGCAAGGACAGGAAGGUCCGGCUGAUGGAGCCACGCUCAGGAAACCUGCUGCAGGAAGCCAAUUGCAAGACACACAAAGCCAGUAAGGUAUUGAUCCUUGGAAAUAUGAAGAUGCUUCUCACAUCCGGUACUUCCCGCUGGAAUGAUCGACAGAUAGCUCUGUGGGAUCAGGAUGAUCUGUCCGUGCCUUUAUUGGAGGAGAACCUGGACGGUUCCUCAGGGGUUCUCUUCCCUUUCUACGACCCUGACACACACAUGCUCUACCUUGCCGGAAAGGGUGAUGGAAACAUCAGGUACUAUGAGAUCAGCUCAGAGAAACCCUACAUCCAAUACUUAACAGAGUACCGCUCACUCUUACCGCAGAAAGGAAUGGGUGUGAUGCCAAAGAGAGGUCUUGAUACGAGCUCCUGUGAGGUCUUCAAAUUCUACAAACUGGUGACAAUCAAGGGUCUCAUUGAGCCUCUGUCGAUGAUCGUACCCCGCAGGUCUGAAUCAUACCAAGAAGACAUAUACCCGAUGACGGCAGGCAACAAGCCGGCGUUGACCGCAGAGGAGUGGCUCAGCGGCGUCGACAAAGGUCCAGUGCUGAUGUCUCUGAAGCCUGGAAGUCAAGUGGAAGAGCUUCCUUCAGACAUGAAGGGGCGGAGUAACAGGUCUCAGAGCAGACCAGGGAUGCUACCACUCACAUAUAUUCAGGACCAACUGGAAGCCAAAGAUGCCAAAGAGGCCAGCGCACAUGCAGAGGAUGAUGGGAAUCUGACACCAGUGAGCAAUGGGGAGGACCUCACUCUCUGCUCACCUCCCAAAACAGAGAAUGAGCUGCGGCAGAAGUUCCACAAGCAGCAGGAAGAGAUCCGGCGACUGAGGGAGCUCCUCAACCAGAGGGACGUGCACAUCAAACAGCUGGAGCUGGAGAUAAAGAACAUCAAGAACUCCUAGUCUCAGAGCCCUUUAAGACCUUUCCCGAGUCCCCCUCACCUCUUCACUGGACACUUGCGUUACUGCUCAAACCCCAAUCCCCUGUUUUCCUCUAAAUGCCCCCCCAAUGCUCGCUGUGUGGGGGGCGAGGGCGGGGGAUAAAACUUCGAUUUUGUGUAUUCGGUCUGUCUUUUAUGUCGAGUCUGCACGUGGUGCACAUAUUCUUCGUCGAUGUAAAUACACCUGUUAAGACUGCACCUUUUUACCUUUUCGCCGCUUCUCUGUGUGCUUCACAGCUAUGCAAGUUAAUAGUAUUUUUUAGGAUUUUUUUUUUUGUUUGUGUAAAUGCUCUUUGUAGCUGACAGAAAGGAUGAUUGAGACUGUCUUGACUGAAUGAUGUGGCCGUUUUGCGUGUUGAGUCGCUGCAUCGUAGGAGCAGAUAUCCCGUUUGAUUGUAAAGAUAAUGCUGAAUAUAUUUUUUAUGCUUGGUGAUUGUUUUUUUAAAUUUAACUGUCGGUGGUGUUUCUGUCUCGUAUGCGUGCUUGAAUGUGAGUGAGUUCAGUGGAUGACAAAUCCUGAUCCCAGCUGCGCUCUGCCACUCUACUGAAAUGUGUUUGUUUGUUCUUAUCCUUUACAAUGACUGGAAAUCAACUCAUUUGACACCAGACGAUGUAUAAGCCACUUCUGUGACUGAUGCCGUUUUAAAAGUUUUUAACUUAAUUAGGAGUCACUGUGAAGAGCCAGAGUACCUCACAACUUAUACGUUGGCUUGUGUUCCUCUCACUUCUCAAUGUACUCUCCUGUAAUUGUUUUGAUACCUAGUUUUAUUUUAUUGAUUUUUUUUGAUUUUUUUUUUCCCUCUCACUUUUGGCCAAAAUGGCAUUCUGCUUUUUUUUUUUUUUUUUUACCUAAAUAAGCAGAAUUUUAAUUCUUCACACCUCAGAAGGUGUGAUUAAUAGAGCUGGCUGGUGUGUGCCAGCUCACGCUGUAAAACCACCUGAAUCUGUCGACCAAAAGGUGUUUUAACAAUUCAAAUAGCAUCCUAGUCCUUGUUUAGCUGUUCCUCUGCAGUUUUCAGUUUUACUACGAUAUCAUGACAUUUCAGGUAUUUAAAGUCAAAAUUACAAAAAAUUGAAAACAAA